AUGGAAACAUACUCUUGCCUCCUCUUGUGCAUUCUGGUGACAUGUUCAGUCUGGACAGUCAAUGGGAGAAGCUUCGAGGUCAACGUUGAUGAUCAGGAGCCGGUGGAAGUGGAAAUCUCUGGACAGUCAAUGGGAGAAGCUUCGAGACACACACAUACACACUCACUCAGAGGUCACUGCUCACUGUCAGCCAUGGAAACAUACUCUUGCCUCCUCGUGUGCAUUCUGGUGACAUGUUCAGUCUGGACAGUCAAUGGGAGAAGCUUCGAGGUCAACGUUGAUGAUCAGGAGCCGGUGGAAGUGGAAAUCUCUGUGAAGGCCGGCAAGCUUCCAGGUGUGUGCUGGGCGUGCAAGUGGGCCUUAAACAAGGUGAAGAAAGUCGCCGGACGCAACGCCACUGUGGAGAAACUGACGUCAAAGUUGAAGGUCGUCUGCGACCAAAUUGGCCUCUUAAAAUCUCUGUGCCGCAAAUUUGUGACGAAACACCUCGCAGAAUUAAUCGAGGAGCUCACCACCACCGAUGACGUGAAGACGAUCUGCGUUUAUACUAGAGCCUGCAAGUCAAAGGAGUUGUUGGAGCAAGUUUAUCCAAGUGACAAGGAUGAUUUUCAAAUUCAAAUAAAUGAAUAUCCCCGACGUCGUAUGCAUGAAUAAUAAUAAUAAUGCAUUUCAUUUGUAAGAAAAGUGUUUGUUGACUGAACACACACUUGCAUAAACUAUAUGAUAAAAGGAUCUUUCAGCUUUCUUCUACUUUUACUUUGUGUUGUAUCUUUAUUUAGUUUGCAAUGCCUGUGAUGUUAUUUUCUAUUUCUGUAUCUGUGCACAGAUGAAAUAAAUAAAUGUUUCAAAUUUCAAA